CCAGGCAAUUCUCUCACCGAGAAAACCAGGACUGCACCAUGAGCACUCCAGGCAAAACAAUCACAUGUCGGGCAGCCAUUGCCUGGGCCACAAAUUCUCCUCUUUCCAUUGAGGAUGUGCAAGUGGAGCCCCCAAAGGCUGGUGAAGUUCGAAUUAAGAUGACCUCAUCGGGGAUAUGUGGUUCUGAUCACCAUGUCCUGAAAGGAUCACUCCCAGUGAACUUCCCUUUAAUCCCAGGCCAUGAAGGAGCUGGGAUUGUGGAGAGUGUCGGCAAAGGCGUGAACUCCGUGAAACCAGGAGAUAAGGUCCUCACGCUCAUUAUUCCGCAGUGUAGAGAAUGCAGCUCCUGCUUGAACCCCGAGGGGAACUUCUGUGAGAAGCAAGAUGUUCUGCCCUCUUCUGGACUGAUGCUGGAUGGGACCAGCCGAUUCACCUGCAAAGGAGAGAAGAUUUACCACUCUUUCCGCACAAGUACGUUCACUGAAUACACGGUUGUGCCAGAGAUCGCGGUGGCAAAGAUCGAUUCUUCCGCACCCAUGGACAAAGUCUGCAUCCUGAGUUGUGAGGUGCCCACGGGCUACGGGGCCGCAGUACACGCAGCUAAGGUCAGCCCCGGUUCCACCUGCGUGGUCUUUGGACUGGGAGGGAUCGGCUCUGCCAUCGUCGUGGCAUGCAAGGCCUCCGGAGCUUCCAGGAUCAUCGGGGUGGACAUCAAUGAGGAGAAGUUCCCCCGGGCCAAAGCACUAGGGGUCACUGAUUGUCUCAACCCCCAGAGACUCGAGAAGCCUGUCCAGCAGGUGGUGAGGGAGAUGACAGGCACUGGAGUGGACUUUGCGUUUGAGGCCAUUGGACUGCCUGACACCAUGCUUGCUGCGUGGGAGUCCUGCCACCUGAGUCACGGUGUGUGUCUGAUCGUGGGGGUGGCGCCAGCAGACACACAACUCUCCCUGGAUGCGACAAAGCUGAUUUCUGGACGGACGCUGAAGGGCGUGUGUUUAGGAGAUUAUAAAACCAGAGACUGUAUUCCCCAACUGGUGACUGAUUAUAUGCAAAAUAAAAUUAACGUAAAUCCUCUAAUAACUCAUCAGCUACCUUUUGACCAACUCCACAAAGCACUCGAUUUGUACCAGGAUGGAAAAGCCAUCCGCUGUGUUCUGCUGUUCUAAGGUUCCUGGGAGAGGACCAACCAGGGCAUCCCUAGAGCCCCCUGGCUGACUUCCUGAAGGAGUGUUCCAGUGCAGAAGAAAGGGUACCACCGGUGGAAUGUGGUGCAA